GUUCCGCAGGUGGCAGCGAUGGCCCAGUCCUGAGCGCCGCGCCAUGGCCCGCGCCCCCGGGCCGCUCCGCCUGGCACUCCUGCUGCUCGGGACCGUGGGCAUGGCCGGCCCCCGCCCCCAGGGUGCCACUGUGUCCCUCUCCACGACAGUGCAGAAAUGGCGAGAAUAUCGACGCCAGUGCCAGCGCUUCCUGAUUGAGACUCCACCCCCAGCCACAGGCCUGUUCUGCAACCGGACCUUCGAUGACUACGCCUGCUGGCCAGACGGCUCACCGGGCUCCUUCGUGAAUGUCAGCUGCCCCUGGUACCUGCCCUGGGCCAACAGAGUGCUGCAGGGUCGCACGUACCGGUUCUGUACUGCUGAUGGCCUGUGGCUGCACAAGGACAACUCCAGCCUGCCCUGGAGGGACCUGUCAGAGUGUGAGGAGCCCAAGCGACGGGAGAGAAGCUCCCUGGAGGACCAGCUGCUGGCCCUUUACAUCAUCUACACAGUGGGCUACGCACUCUCCUUCUCUGCUCUUGUCAUCGCCUCGGCCAUCCUCCUCGGCUUCAGACACCUGCACUGCACCCGGAACUACAUCCACCUGAACCUGUUUGCAUCCUUCAUCCUCCGAGCACUAUCCGUCUUCGUGAAGGACGCGGCCCUCAAGUGGAUGUACAGCACGGCUGCCCAGCAGCACCAGUGGGACGGGCUCCUCUCCUACCAGGACUCUCUGGGCUGCCGCCUGGUGUUCCUGCUCAUGCAGUACUGCGUGGUGGCCAAUUACUACUGGCUCCUGGUGGAGGGCGUGUACCUGUACACGCUGCUGGCACUCUCAGUCUUCUCGGAGCGGCGCGUCUUCAGGCUCUACCUGAGCAUAGGCUGGGGUGUCCCCCUGCUGUUUGUCAUCCCCUGGGGCAUUGUCAAGUAUCUCUAUGAGGAUGAGGGCUGCUGGACCAGGAACUCAAACAUGAAUUACUGGCUCAUUAUCCGGCUGCCCAUUCUUUUUGCCAUUGGGGUGAACUUCCUCAUCUUUGUCCGAGUCAUCUGCAUUGUGGUAUCCAAACUGAAAGCCAAUCUCAUGUGUAAGACGGACAUCAAGUGCAGACUUGCCAAGUCCACGCUGACACUCAUCCCUCUGCUGGGGACCCACGAGGUCAUCUUCGCCUUUGUGAUGGAUGAGCACGCCCGGGGGCUGCUGCGCUUCAUCAAGCUGCUCACGGAGCUCUCCUUCACCUCCUUCCAGGGGCUGGUGGUGGCCAUCUUGUACUGCUUUGUCAACAGCGAGGUCCAGAUGGAGUUUCGGAAGAGCUGGGAGCGCUGGCGUCUCGAGCACUUGCACAUGCAGAGGGACAGCAGCAUGAAGCCCCUCAAGUGUCCCACCAGCAGCCUGAGCAGUGGGGGCACAGUGGGGAGCAGCAUGUAUGCAGCUACCUGCCAGGCUUCCUGCAGCUAAACCUCCAGCACCCACCCACCUGUCGUCCCACUGCAGGCGGGCCGGGAGGCCAUCCCAGGUUGGAGAGACCCUCCUGGGGCCGGGGCAAGGAGGGACACACACUCGUAUAGUACAUCCCUGCUUCCCCUUCCCUGACCCAUCAGACAGGCAAAUGGGCAGUGCCUCCCGGGACCUGUGCACACAUUUUCUCUAAGGAGAAGCAGCCUGUUAAUUUGAUCACUGUGGCGGGAAGAGAGGAAAAGCUAUUGCUGCUAAAAUGAGGAUUUCUUCCCGUUAAGCCACAGGCCCCUGGGGUUCCCCCAGACAGAGCAGCAAAUAAGCCCAGACUCAAACUCAAGGUCAAUGGCUUAUUAGUGGGAUGUGGCUUGUCGGAGGAGCUGGUUUGGAAAGAGGCCGCUAUAACCUCAGCCAGACACAGAGCUUGGGUAAUGCAGGCCAACUCCAUCAGCCUUGGGUGGGGGUCACCACCCCCAUCUGUCUCUUUGUUAAGGGAUGUUGUUCACAGGUCUGGGUCACUUGUUUCCCUUCGGCUUGUCCCUCAUCUCUCCACCCAGAUUCUCUUGGGGGAGGUUUGUUUGGGCCAUAACCAGCAGCUGCUUCUAGGGUUUUCUUUGCUGGUGUCCAGUUUCCCCUGGGCAUCUGUACGAAUUGCUUUGGUGCCUGCCCCUGCCAUGCCCAGGGAACCAGGGCAGGCCCACUGCCAGGGAGCCCAGCCCUAGGUAUGAGCUCUGAAGUCUAUUCUACAGAUGCUCGAGAGUCCUCUGGGGUUCUCCUAGGAAAUGUUAGCAGUGUCCAGGGGGCUUAGAUUACCUGCUACUGUCAAGAACCUAGAGGGCAGAGAGAGAGAGAGAGAGAGCCUGUACCACACUAUGGAAGAACUUUUUAUUUCUGACCAGAUUCUCUCUCUGGCAUGGGAGUUUGGGUGCCACCUCUAACUUUAGGAAAUGUGACCGAGACCCUUAUGGGACAACUGCCAGCCCCCACUGUUACCAUGGAGACAGUCCUCCCCUGCCCUGGGUCUUUUUCCCUCUGAAAUCCCUCCCCCCGCAACUUGAGAGCCUGUAUAGAUUUCAUUCAUUUUUCUUUAUUGCUGUGAAUAGUCUGUAUGUGCAAAUGUGCCAUUCUGAUUUCUCCCACCUGGUGAAGACAAGAACUAAAUCACUGCUGGUUGUGAUGUUGUUGGGGGCGUGGGGUGGUCAUUGAUUGCACUCCAUCCUUAGAGCUAAUUAGCGUAUGCCCUGCCUCCAGUCUCACCCCAUAAAUAGUGAGAGCAGAAACCUAUCAAUCCUGCCCCAGCCAUGAUGAGAGAGCAAACACAUAGCCGUGCUAUAGAUUCCCCCCCCCAAAAGGGAACCAGUCAACCCUGGGGGGCUGGUGAUGGAGUGCAUUAGAGGAGAAGGACAUUUCCAGAGCAGGAGAGCACUCUUGGGAGUCUCGACCUCCCGGAGAGCAGAGGGAGAGGCUGCAGACGAGUUCCUUUAUGAGCCUGUCUCUCUUUCCUCAUCCUUUUUAAGUGUUGGGAACCCUCCUCCAAAACCAUGGAUUCUCGUGUGCCCCUCAGAGAGGCAUGUGAUGUGCAGGCAGAAUAAUAAUGGGACAUAAAACACAUCAAGCAGAAAAUUUCUUAUACUUCAGCUUUAGUGUUGUGUCGAUGUUAAUAGGGGAGCUGGGCCUCAGGCGAAAGAAAGCGGUGUGCAGACUGCCUGCCUCCCUGACUGCAGGGGGACGGCCAUUCCCGCUUCCCCAGGAUCGGGGCAGACUUCCUGGCUGGUGCCACGCAUGCGGCUCUCUCUUUGGAGUGGGUAGCGGGGGUAUGAAAACUGGCGGGCUAAUGGGGGGUGCAGCUCUGGUGCAAGCAUUUUGGCUUUGGAUACAUGAAAAUUUAGUGAAUAUUAAUACACUGCACAGCAACAAGACACAUUGAUAUUCGAGAAAUAAAUUGUUCACGGGAAAAAAUUGUGGGGAGAAUAAAUAAAUUGUGUUUAGUUAGAAGGCACUGGGAAACUCAUUUCACUGGGUUUAAACUGUAAGUAGAGUUCUUUUCCCAACUGGUACCAGUGAUUUCUGAUUUCAGAAGGCUCAUCACACCCCACACUCGAAGUCUUUUAACAUUGAGUAACUUUUUCCUUCUUGGAUACAUACCAGAUACUGAACUGAAGGAAAUAUUUUCUUUGCUCCAAGAUCCACACUAUUACUAUUCAUUUGAACUGCAGUGUACUCCUUCCAAAGCUAUCCCCAAACUCUCAUAAGUGAAAAGUAACUAAUAGGUCUGGGAACUGUGAAUACAGUGUACUCUGAAAUUCCACUAGCUGUUUACACACCUGAUGCCCUAAGUCUGGAGCUUGCUGAGUACGUUCUUGCCUCCCCCUGUCCUGUGGAUAUUGCUGCUGACCCAGGGUGUGGGCACUGAGCUGUGCAGCCUGCAAGGUCUGAAUCCAGCGCCCCAGCAAGCUCCCUUGAAUUUAUUAGGGGCUUAAAUCCUGGCAGCUUGUCCUUACCAUUUCAAUCUUUGGAGCAGCUAAGCCAGAAAAACAAACCGUAUGUUGCAAAGUUUCCUUCCAUUUCAAAGAACUUUUCAGAUUGUGGAUAUGAUUUUCAAUGGCCUCAGUGCAAUUCUUGCUGCAGACCACACCAGUGGAGUUCCUGGAGACUCGAGAGCAGGGAAAGACAGUGGAGAACUGUCAUCCUGCUCUGAUCUGCAGACGUGGGGGGAGGCUUGCAGAGGUGACUUGUCCAAAGUCAUAGUGCUAGAUGGUGGCAGAGCGGGGCUGGGACCCAGGCCGACUCUUGCCUCUCAGAUGAGUGAGGCCUCUGGGAGGGACAGGUGAAAAACAUAAUGGCCACACAAGAUGCUCUAAAGUAAAAGAGCAGCCAUGUUAUCUGGGGUUUCCAUUAAAUAGUGCGCAGCAGCAAAUGUGUGGUGAAGGUACCGUCUCCUUGAUGACUUACCCUACUGAGAGGAGGGGUAGAUUGUGCUGUGCUGUCUCUACUCCAGUGCAUCUCUACUCCAGAUUGUGCUGUACUGUCUCUACUCCUUAAAAUUAAGCAAUGAAGUACAUAAUAGCAUGUGCAUGCAUAGAAAUGGCAAGUGAGCCAUUUCACAUAGCAAGUGCAGAGUUCUUUUAGUGCUCUGGCUUACCGUUUUUCUGAUGCACCUGUUCUUAUUUGAGAAGUACAGAUAGACACACAGAGUGGACUAAAGGAGCCUUAACAAAGGUUCUGCACCUCCCUUUUGUUUCUGUGGUACUGCCUGAAGUUGGAGAAGACCAGCCAACUGGGCGGCUUUAGCCGAGCAAAGGCGGCACAGCCACCAUGAAGGGCAGGUAGAGUCGGUUCACGUCCAUGCCUGGAAAGACUUGGUCACCUCAUCAGUAUGGGUCAUGUUUCAUUAACUUCCAUCCCCAUUCCCUCCAGUCUCUUUCUUACACAAGGGAAGAACACUGUGUAUGUGUGUGUGUCUUUUGUCUUGUGCAUAGCAGCAUAAAGUUAGGAGAUGAUGAAUCCAGAAUCUUCCCACCCACUGUGAAGGUCAUGGGACCACACUACCCAGGGUGAGGAUGGGUGAGAGCCCGAGCAAUAGAUGCUUCCUCUCCAUGCAGAGACAGGGCUCCCAUUAUCACUAAUGCCUGCUACGUGCUCCGGGAAGGCAGAAUCUAUUCCACAGGUUUAUUGUUCCUCCACUGAUUCUAAUCUGCAGUGCUGACCCUGCUGUUGGCUCCUUUGAGACAAACUUCAUGAAAACCCUCAAAAUAUGUCAUCUUGCUCUGCUAAGACAGCUGUGUGAAUGACAUUAUAAAUAUUCAAUAGAAACCCAAUUAGUAUCAACUCUUCUUCUUUCUUUUCACUGGAGCAAGUUUUCUUGGGAAACAAAACACCCCAAUGUGAAAAACUUCCACAAACAACAGCACCAGGCCCCUACAGUAUGACCUGCUGCUCAAACCAGCUCCCCAGCCUGGCGAAGAGAGCCUUAUCAGGAAGUGUCGUAAGCAGUGUAACAGACCCUUUAGCUAAUGCCGCAGUGUGUCUACAGUAUCUAUAAUUACUUCUGCUCUGUCAAUGGAUACAGAUUGGCAGGAAGCAGAUAAGAAUAAUUGUUUUCCCAUUAACUGCCCAAAGUCUCUUGGACUUGGCCUAUACCUGAAUCUGUCAAAGUGGAGAGUUUUCUCUCCUCCCUUUCUUUGGCCAUUCUAGCCAGAUUUUCAAAACCUCAUCCAUCAGUUGUGCAUUUUCCUCUGAUGCAUACACCCCCCCACCCCCCCCACAAUGAGCCGCCCACACUCCUCCUCAGUAAUAAGUGACCCUACUAGCCAUGCUGUGAAUGCCCUUUUCUCAGCUGUGACCAAUUCAGGGGUGCAGCUGAUAGGGAGGCGCUGCCAAGCCUGACAGUGAUGCCCUGCGCUCCACACUCCAGUGCAGCCAGAGCACUGCCUCCAGCACUUGGAUCUGAACUUACACUGGGGUUGCACAAUCUUUCUGAAGGGGCCUGUCAAAACCAUCAGUAAUUAGCCAGCCCGGACAAUCUAGCAUGACUAAUUAUCACUGUGUCAAAGCAAUCCAGGAGAAAAAAAAAAACAGAUAAAUGAGAAUAUUUGGAUGUGGGGAGAGAAGAGGUCCCCGCCAUGUUUGGAACAUGGAACAAGUUGUUGGCUUCUUUGCCUGGGAGCCUGUGGAGCUGUGAGGACGGGGCCCGAUGCCUCCCAGACAGGCAGGGCUGUGUCUUGCCAGAGGGUGCACACUUUAUUUCCAAGUUUGCAGUUCUUCUAUGCUCCUCCCACUAAAAAUAAUCACAUCUUCCAAAACUCAACAAUCCCCUUGGUUUUGGAGGGGGGCGGGUGAUGAAGAUAUUUAAAGGUACCGAAAGAGUUGAGAGCCAAGGUUGCUGGAGGGACAAAAGCUGAAUUUCUGUGUUCAGUGCUUUUGUGGGAUGUUUACUCCUCACGAGUGUUUAAUCAAGAUCAUGUUCGUGCAAUUUCUCCAUGUAGAAAUUCAUGUGAAAUACAACCUGCAUCUAUAGGUAGCAAAUGUGUAUGAUGUAUAAUUCCUUGUACAGAUGUGAACAGGUUCUUGCUCUUUCUUAAUUUGCCCUGUAAGUCAAA